AUGGCUUGUUCGGCUCAAACCUGCAGAAAGUCGAGGCAAGUCAUAAAACUCGAGACGGAAAAAGAUGUGUCGGUGGCCCUGGCACAGUACAUUGCCGAUCUCUCUGCAAAACACAUCAAAGCAAAGUGUUUGUUUACUGUCGUCCUCUCGGGCGGGACUCUAAUUCAUACUCUUAGGAAGCUGGUCGAGUCGUACAAGGCAAGCGUCGACUGGUCCAAAUGGCACGUGUUUUGGGUUGACGAGAGGAAAUGUCCCCUCGAUAGCGAGUGUAGCAACUACAAUCUGGCGAGGAAUGGCUUUCUUUCUAAGGUUCCAAUUCCAGAACAGAACAUUCACCCGAUGCACUUCCACAAAUACCCCCAACGCAUGGCGGAGAACUACGAGGACCGCCUCAAAGCUCUAGCCAGCCAGAACCGACUCCCCAUAUCGGCCUCCGGGCACCCGAUCUUCGACCUUAUGCUCCUAGGCAUCGGCCCCGAUGGCCACGUGGCAUCGCUCUUCCCGGGAAAGCCCGAGAGGCACGAGAUGAGAAAGUGGGUCAGGUGCAUCUACGACUCGCCCAAGCCGCCACCUGUCAGAACCACGCUCACUUUCCCGGUCAUCAAGUCCACCACCACCAUUGCCAUGGUGGUCACCGGAAAAGAUCUGGCGGAUGUGGUCAGCAAGACACUCGCCGAAGGCGGGUCAGGCGGCGGCCAGCCGGUACCCUGCGCGGAGCUUCACCAUGAGGCGGAGGGUGAGGUGACGUGGUUUCUCGACAAGGACUCGGCUUCCAAGCUGAACUAA